UGUUUCAAAAUGGCGGCUUGUGUUGAGCCAAAUAUAUUUAUUGAACAAAAUUAAUUGAUUAAAAACAGCCAUAAUAGAGAAUAUUGUUCGGUUUGUUCGCUUUUACACCUCUACCGACGUAAUAUCAUGUUUAACAUUGCGAGAAACGUGUUUAUACUUAGAAUAGCCCUUCCUCAGUCUGGGUAGCAUGCUAGCCUUGUGGUUAACGUUGAACACAUUUUGUAAAUACUCACAUUUAAUCCAGAGUUUUGUUAUUUUAAAACAAUGUUGGGUUAUUUGGCAGCAAGAAGGGCCGGCCUGGAUGACCCUCUGCUUUUCAGACGUGCAGAGUCGACAAGGAGGGUCCUUUGCCUGCAGUUGAACGUGGACAGGGAUAUGGACAGAAUCCACGGAAAUGGCGUCAACACCCUUGACAUUGAAGUAAUAGAAGGCAAAUACAUGUUGUCCGGAGGUGCCGAUGGUGUGAUUGUCCUCUACGACCUAGAGAACUUCAGUGGGAAACCACAGUACACAUGCAAAGCUGUCUGCACCAUUGGCAGGUCCAGCAAGUAUGUCCAUCGAUUCAGCGUUGAGACGGUCCAGUGGUAUCCAUAUGAUACUGGCAUGUUUGUAUCCAGUUCCUUUGACAAGACAAUGAAGGUGUGGGACACUGAGACGCUCAAGCCUGCUGAAGUCUUUGAGUUUGAAGGCAACGUCUACACCCACCACCUGUCUCCCAUUGCCAAGAAGCACAGUCUCAUCGCAGUUGGCUCCCAAAACCCUAAAAUACAACUUUGUGACCUGAAGUCCGGCUCAAAAAUCCAUGUCCUUCAGGGCCACAGAGCGGAGGUCCUGUCUGUGCGAUGGUCUCCCAGAUACGAACAUAUCUUAGCCUCUGCCAGUGCAGACAGCAAAGUAAAAUUGUGGGAUGUGCGUCAGGCUUCAGGUAGUCUUCUGACGCUGGACCAACACAACGGAGAUAAGUCCAAAGCUGCCUCUGAGGCAGUGAACACAGCCCACAAUGGCAGAGUAAAUGGCCUCUGCUUCACAAGCGACGGCCUGUACCUCCUCACGUCUGGGACUGAUGACCGCAUGCGACUAUGGAACAGUGCCACAGGGGAAAACACACUGGUGAACUACGGGAAGGUCAGCAACCAGAGCCGUAAGAGGCGUCAGCUCACCGUGUCUCAAGGCUGCAGUCCAGAGUUUGCGUUUGUGCCCUGCGGCACCUCGGUCGCAGUGUACGCCCUCCACACGGGCGAGCUGGUGACCACGUUAAGGGGCCACUACAACCAGGUGGACUGCUGCGAGUUUCACCCACACUACCAGGAGCUGUACAGUGCAGGUAAAGAUGGAAACAUCCUGGCGUGGGUUCCUGUCCCGCGUGCCCCAGAUGUGGAGGAGUCGUCAUCUGAGCAUGCUCCUGGCCGGUCAUCGGUCAAUCCCGCCUUUCAGGACACGUGGAGUGAUGAAGACUAACGACGGCCUUCGCAAAUUUCACCUCUAAGAUAGAAGACACUCCUGCAUAUCACUCUAUGUGGACGCUUCCACCAAGUUUCACAGAAAGUGGAAUAGCUAUCCCCACACACACACACACACACACACACACACACUACUGUUGUGAUGCGGUGAUUAUGGCAUGGACAUAUUUCCAGGAGAGUGACAUUUUAGUUGUUUAGACAGCGAGAGGGCUGUCAUAUAUGCAUAUGUGACUGUGAGAUUCCUAGUAUUACAUGUUUUUUUUCAUGUGUACCUCAAAAGCAGGGCGUGACAUUGCGUUGACAAACUAAUUGUCAUUACCAGUACUCAUUUGCAUGUGUGUUUGUCGGUGGGUCCUGUAUGUUGAAACUGGAGCACCUCCUUUACUUCAUUUUAACAUGUUGCCUUUUGUAACAAUGUUUGAACCAGUUUCACUCUUGAUUCACAAUAGAACUUUUAAAAUCCUGUAUCACUGAAACUAAAUUGUUGUUACUCAUGGAAACGCAUGAAAAAUGUGGAAACCGUACAAUGCCACAUUUUUGUGUUUUAUAAAUUCCAACAAAUCCCUCUUUUUGUACUUUUUUCUAAUAUGUGUCUCAUUUUGAUUAAAUGGCUGAGCUCAA